AAUGCCGCCCCCCACAUCCUUUCCUGUCUGUUUUUCUCCCUCAUCCUUAAAAGAGCUUCUUUGCUAUCCUCCCGGUGGCUAUCCGGAUCUGUUCUUCCUUUCCCCUCCUCCCGAUGUCCCCUGUCCCCCCGGGUGCCAUCCGCCGGUGCAACUGAAACUCGAACCUGCCCGCUGCUCGGACUCAGCCUGCCGAGGUUCUACACGAUCAACCCCCAGAAAUUGCCACUUCAUAAACACCUGACGCUAUGGAUGCUAUUGUGUCCCGGCUGGAUGCCCUGGUUACCAACCCCGAUCUUGCGCCGCUGCUGUCGCUCGUGAAAGGUAUCCGCAAUGGCGCAGUAUACGGCGCGAAAGUGCGGUUUCCGCACGCUCUGGUGAUGAUCUUCCUAUUUCGCUCUGGAACUGUGCGAGAAAAGGUCAAGCUUGUUCUUAAAGCCACACGCCAACAUGCUCGGAAUCUGGCAACUUUCGCUUUGGUAUACAAAAGCUCUCUGAUCGUUCUGCGUAAUAUCAACCCUGCGGGCGUUGGGAAGGAGGGGCAGUAUGAUAGCUUUUUUGCGGGGUUACUUGGGGGAUAUGCGGUUUUUGGUAGACAUAAGUCGAGCAUCACUCAACAGAUCGUGAUCUAUAUCUUUGCGCGUGUCGUGCUCGCCUAUGCUAAACUCGCUGUGCAACCUAAUAUGCACCCGCUAUCAUCCCUUAUAACACCCGAGGCCCGAAAGCAGAUCGAGGGCAAUGCCUGGGCUGUUUUUGCGUCUCUGAGCUGGGCGUUCGUCAUGUAUCUCUUCCGCUGGCACCCAGAGACCCUCAUGUCUAGUUUAAGAAGUAGCAUGGUUUAUAUCUACGCCGACUCAGACCACUGGGACUCAUUCCGCAAUUUCCUAAUCCACAACAAGUAGACGAACGACUCCCUGCACACGAUGCUAGAAGACAACCCUCCCCAUCCUAUUCCGUUGAUCCUGGUGUAUAGAACCGGUGCAUUCUCUGCUUUUUUUUUUUUUUCAUCUCGUCCCUAUCCCGGUCUCCACCCCAUCCUCUUGUUUUUUUUUUUUUUUUUU